GUUUUUAGAAACAUCAACCUCUUUAUUCAAACACUGAAACUAUUGAUCACAUCUGAUAUUCAUUCAUAGUCAUGGCAUCCUCCAGUGGUCCACUAAAUGAGGAGCUCCAGUGCUCCAUCUGUCUGGAUGUGUUCACUGAUCCAGUCACCACUCCAUGUGGACACAACUUCUGCAGAACCUGCCUGAACAAGUUCUGGACAAACACACAGACCUGCUUCUGUCCAUCCUGUAAAGUAACAUUCAGCAAAAGAACUGAUCUCAUGAUUAAUACAAACAGGGGCACCAUUAUGGGGGGGAAGGUUACGAUGAUUCAAAGAGCCCUGAAAAAUACAGACGUGCAGCAGAUGAUCCAGAACAAAAUGAAGAAGAUUCAAGAGAUCCAACACUCAGUAGAACUGCGAAAAAGGAACACAGAGAAAGAGAAAUCAGCCAGUGUUGAGCUCUUCACUGAUCUGAGUCGCUCCAUUGAGAGAUGUCAGUCUGAGCUGCUGAAGAUGAUGGAGGAACAGCAGAAAGCAGCAGAGAAACAGGCUGAAGAUCUCAUUAAAGAGCUGCAGCAGGAAAUCACUGAUCUGAAGAAGAGAAACUCUGAGCUGGAGCAGAUCUCACACACCGACGAUCAUCUGCACCUCCUACAGAUGUACUCAUCCCUAUACAGUCGUCCACACAUCAAGAACUGGACUGAGAUCAGUAUUGAUACUGAUGUGAAUGUGCUCCCUCUGCAUAGAGCUCUGACUCAACUGAAGAAAACACACAAGGCUCUAAAUAAAAAACUCAGUAAAUCAGGGUUGGGAUGGGCUCAGAAGUAUGCAGUGGAUGUGACUCUGGAUCCUGAUACAGUGAAUCCAUAUCUCAUCCUGUCUGAUGAUGGAAAACAAGUCAGGCAUGGAGACAUUAAGCAGGACGUCCCAGAAAACCCAAAGAGAUUUGAUGACUAUUGUGUUCUAGCAAAGCAGGGAUUCAGUUCAGGCAGAUUUUACUACGAGGUGCAGGUGAAGGGAAAGACUGGGUGGAGUUUAGGAGUGGCCAGAGAAUCUAUUAACAGGAUGGGGGACAUUAGUCCGAGUCCUGAGGAUGGACUUUGGUCUAUGGUAUUGAUUAAUCGGAGGCAGUAUAUAGCUUGUGAUAAUCCAGCAGCUGCUUUCUCUCACAGAACGACACCUGAGAUUGUGGGAGUGUUUGUGGAUUAUGAGGAGGGACUGGUCUCUUUUUAUGACGUGGGCUCCAGCUCUCAUAUCUACUCUUUCACUGGUCAGACUUUCACUGACAAACUCUAUCCAUAUUUUGGCCCAGGCCUAAAUGAUAAAGGUAAAAACUCAAACCCACUUAUAAUUUCACCCAGGGGCGCCGCUAGUAAGUGA